GGGGCGAAGGCGGGGCCCCGAGCUGCCGGCGGAGCGGAGUCGGAGCCAGAGCAUCCUGAGCCCCGGCCCCAGCCCCGGCCCCGGCCCCGGCCCUGGCCUCGGCCCCCCGCAACAGCCCCGGUCCCCUCCCCUGGACCGACCGCAGAUCCACUGGGCACCUCGCCGGCCCCGGACACCAGGACAGAACUGAAAAGCUACAACCAUGACGACUCACGUCACCCUGGAAGAUGCCCUGUCCAACGUGGACCUGUUGGAGGAGCUGCCCCUCCCAGACCAGCAGCCAUGCAUCGAACCUCCACCAUCUUCCAUCAUGUACCAAGCUAACUUUGACACAAACUUUGAGGACCGGAAUGCAUUUGUUACGGGCAUCGCAAGAUACAUCGAGCAGGCCACAGUGCAUUCCAGCAUGAAUGAAAUGUUGGAGGAAGGACAUGAAUAUGCAGUCAUGCUUUAUACCUGGAGAAGCUGCUCCCGGGCCAUCCCCCAGGUAAAAUGUAAUGAGCAACCAAAUCGUGUAGAGAUCUAUGAGAAGACAGUGGAGGUCCUGGAGCCAGAAGUCACCAAACUGAUGAAGUUCAUGUACUUUCAGCGCAAGGCCAUCGAGCGGUUCUGCAGCGAGGUGAAGAGACUGUGCCACACAGAGAGGAGGAAGGACUUCGUCUCUGAGGCUUACCUCCUGACCCUGGGCAAGUUCAUCAACAUGUUUGCUGUCCUGGAUGAGCUGAAGAAUAUGAAAUGCAGUGUCAAGAAUGACCAUUCUGCCUAUAAGAGAGCAGCCCAGUUCCUGAGGAAGAUGGCGGACCCACAGUCUAUCCAGGAGUCUCAGAACCUCUCCAUGUUCCUGGCAAACCAUAACAGGAUCACACAGUGUCUUCAUCAGCAACUGGAGGUAAUCCCAGGCUAUGAGGAGCUGCUGGCUGACAUCGUCAACAUCUGUGUGGAUUACUAUGAGAAUAAGAUGUACCUAACCCCCAGUGAGAAGCACAUGCUCCUUAAGGUCAUGGGCUUUGGCCUCUACCUGAUGGAUGGAAAUGUCAGUAAUAUUUACAAACUGGAUGCCAAGAAGAGAAUCAACCUCAGCAAAAUAGAUAAGUUCUUUAAGCAGCUGCAGGUGGUCCCCUUAUUCGGCGAUAUGCAGAUAGAACUGGCCAGAUACAUUAAGACCAGUGCUCACUAUGAGGAGAACAAAUCCAAGUGGACAUGCACACAGAGCAGCAUCAGCCCCCAGUACAACAUCUGUGAGCAGAUGGUCCAGAUCCGGGAUGACCACAUCCGCUUCAUCUCCGAGCUUGCUCGCUAUAGCAACAGUGAGGUGGUGACUGGUUCUGGAUUAGACAGCCAGAAAUCCGAUGAAGAGUACAGGGAACUCUUCGAUCUGGCUUUGCGAGGGCUCCAGCUGCUAUCCAAGUGGAGUGCCCAUGUCAUGGAGGUGUACUCCUGGAAGCUGGUUCAUCCCACUGACAAGUUCUGCAACAAGGACUGCCCUGGCACAGCAGAGGAAUAUGAGAGAGCCACCCGCUACAACUAUACUAGUGAAGAAAAGUUUGCCUUCGUGGAGGUGAUUGCUAUGAUCAAAGGUCUACAAGUGCUCAUGGGCAGGAUGGAGAGUGUCUUUAAUCAGGCCAUCAGGAAUACCAUCUACGCCGCUCUGCAAGACUUUGCCCAGGUGACCCUGCGAGAGCCCCUGAGGCAGGCUGUGAGGAAGAAGAAGAAUGUCCUCAUCAGUGUCCUACAGGCCAUUCGGAAAACAAUCUGCGACUGGGAGGGAGGUCGGGAACCACCCAAUGACCCUUGCCUGAGAGGGGAGAAGGACCCUAAAGGUGGCUUUGACAUCAAGGUUCCGCGACGAGCUGUUGGACCUUCUAGCACUCAGUUAUACAUGGUGAGGACCAUGCUGGAGUCCCUCAUCGCAGACAAAAGUGGCUCUAAGAAGACCUUGAGGAGUAGCCUUGAUGGGCCCAUUGUCCUUGCCAUUGAAGAGUUCCAUAAACAAUCCUUCUUCUUUACUCAUCUGCUCAACAUCAGUGAAGCCUUACAGCAGUGCUGUGACCUCUCCCAGCUAUGGUUCCGAGAAUUCUUCCUGGAAUUAACGAUGGGCCGUCGAAUCCAAUUCCCUAUUGAGAUGUCCAUGCCCUGGAUUUUAACAGACCAUAUCCUGGAAACCAAAGAACCUUCCAUGAUGGAGUAUGUGCUGUAUCCUUUGGACCUCUACAAUGACAGUGCAUAUUAUGCUUUGACGAAGUUCAAAAAGCAGUUCCUAUAUGAUGAGAUUGAAGCCGAGGUCAAUCUGUGUUUCGAUCAGUUUGUGUACAAACUAGCGGAUCAAAUCUUCGCCUACUACAAAGCAAUGGCUGGCAGUGUACUACUGGAUAAACGUUUUAGAGCAGAAUGCAAGAAUUAUGGAGUUAUUAUUCCAUAUCCACCAUCUAACCGCUAUGAAACGCUACUGAAACAGAGACAUGUCCAGCUGCUUGGGAGGUCAAUUGACCUAAACAGACUCAUUACCCAACGCAUUUCUGCUGCAAUGUAUAAAUCCUUAGACCAAGCCAUCAGCCGCUUCGAGAGCGAGGACCUGACUUCUAUUGUGGAGCUAGAAUGGCUUUUGGAAAUCAACCGUCUAACACAUCGGCUACUGUGUAAGCACAUGACCCUGGACAGCUUUGAUGCCAUGUUCCGAGAAGCUAAUCACAAUGUUUCUGCCCCUUAUGGCCGCAUUACUCUUCAUGUGUUCUGGGAACUGAACUUUGACUUCCUCCCCAACUACUGCUACAAUGGAUCCACCAACCGCUUCGUCCGAACAGCUAUUCCCUUCACCCAGGAACCACAGAGGGACAAACCUGCCAAUGUUCAGCCAUACUACCUCUAUGGGUCCAAGCCCCUCAACAUCGCCUACAGCCACAUCUAUAGCUCCUAUAGGAAUUUUGUGGGUCCACCUCAUUUCAAGACAAUCUGCAGGCUCCUGGGUUAUCAGGGAAUUGCUGUGGUAAUGGAAGAGCUGCUGAAGAUUGUCAAGAGCUUGCUACAAGGAACCAUUCUCCAGUACGUGAAGACCCUGAUAGAGGUGAUGCCCAAGAUAUGCAGGUUGCCAAGACAUGAAUACGGCUCCCCAGGGAUCUUGGAGUUUUUCCAUCACCAGUUAAAGGACAUCAUUGAGUAUGCAGAGCUCAAGACUGAUGUGUUUCAGAGCCUGAGGGAAGUGGGCAAUGCCAUUCUCUUCUGCCUCCUCAUAGAGCAAGCUCUGUCUCAGGAGGAAGUCUGUGAUUUGCUCCAUGCUGCUCCAUUCCAAAACAUUUUGCCUCGAGUCUACAUCAAAGAAGGAGAACGCUUGGAAGUCCGGAUGAAGCGACUAGAGGCAAAGUAUGCCCCUCUUCACCUCGUCCCUCUCAUUGAGCGUCUGGGGACCCCACAGCAAAUUGCAAUUGCCCGGGAGGGAGAUCUGUUGACCAAGGAGAGACUAUGUUGCGGACUGUCCAUGUUCGAGGUCAUCCUGACACGCAUCCGGAGCUACCUCCAGGAUCCCAUCUGGCGUGGCCCACCCCCCACCAAUGGUGUCAUGCACGUGGAUGAGUGUGUGGAGUUUCACCGUCUGUGGAGUGCCAUGCAAUUUGUAUACUGUAUCCCAGUGGGGACCAACGAAUUUACGGCUGAACAGUGCUUUGGAGAUGGCUUGAAUUGGGCUGGCUGCUCAGUCAUCGUCCUCCUUGGACAGCAGAGGCGUUUUGAUUUGUUUGAUUUCUGUUACCAUCUGCUGAAGGUGCAGAGGCAGGAUGGGAAGGAUGAGAUCAUAAAAAAUGUGCCUCUGAAGAAGAUGGCCGACAGAAUCCGCAAAUACCAGAUCCUAAACAACGAGGUCUUUGCCAUCUUGAACAAAUAUAUGAAGUCAGUAGAGACGGACAGUACCACCGUGGAGCACGUGCGCUGCUUCCAGCCACCCAUCCACCAGUCUCUGGCUACCACUUGUUAGGUGUAGAGGUUCCCCAAUGAGAGCCUAUCGGGAGGUGAAGGGGAGGGACCACCUCCAGAGUAUGUCCGGGCUGGCUCAGGAAACUGGCCGCCUGUGGGCUGAACACGGAACCAAACCAGAUACCCCAAGCACACCUUGACCCAAGCCAAGAGCUGGGCCUGUGCAUGUUCUUCCAUGACAUCUCCCUGGUUGGUUUCUCCCAUAGCUUAAAAAAAAAAAGACACAAAAAAGGCAGCGCGUGCUUUUCUUCCUCGUUUUCUUCUGUGUUGAUACUAAGAAUUCAUUGUUUGACCCUUUGGCACCCCUGCAGCCUCCAGCUCUCCCCCCAUCGCACGACUGUGGCUGUUCCUUAAGGCCUUCCAUCUUGUGCCCGCCUCUGCAAACAUAGCCAUCCGUGGCGUCGUGCUGGUCUCUGCAGGCUCACGUGGGGUGGAGAUUUCUGGUGCCCAUGGUUCUUUGGAGAAGCAAGCCCUGGCAGAGGCUGACACCAAGGGCAAGUGGUGCUUGCAUGCCUGCCUUGAGGCACAGGUCUUGGUCAGGCCCCAACACUUCAGCUUAUCCCAGUCCUCGCCUUGCGCAUCCUCCUCUCCUCCUGCUCCUCCAAAUCACACUGGACUCCAGGGACUUCAGCCCCAAGAGCACUCAAGGACUGAACAGCUGUCCUCCAAGGGCUAUUGGGCAGUGCCCACCCACACACAGUACAUGAGGGUUUCUUGGUGGUGGUUUCCUGCUGGAGAUGGUGCUUGCUCUUGCUUUCCUCUGACUCUAAAAGUAAAGUAGUCCCCCCCUUCCCCAGCCCAGCCCAACUACUGCCCUCCAGGAGGGAACUUGCAAGUUCAUUCAUGCCUGUAGCACACGUAUUCGUAGCAGGCUUAGGAAGAACAGCAAUCCUAAAGCAUCCCUGACCUUCACAUCUCUAAAUAAAAACCUUUGAGCAGAGGGGCCUUCCUGGUUUUCUCCACCGUUUGUUGCCAAGACAGGAAGCUGAGUGGCAGAAGCUCAAUAGCCCUUCCUUUGUGCAUCUGCCUGGGAGCCAGGCACAAAGGACAGCUCGGACCCAAGGAGGUAGCCUGGUACAGCCCAAAGAGCUGUGACUCCAGAGUUGGAGGUCCUGAGUUCAAAAUCUGAUUUUGAUGCUUACUACCUAUAUGACCUUCAGUACAUCUUUUAAACUCUUUGGUCAUUAGUUUCUUCAUGUGCAAAAUGAAGAGAUCAGACUAGAUGGCCUCUACAGUCCUUUUCAGUUCUAAAUCUAUGAUCUCAUGAAAUCUCAGUAAACGUCAGGGAGGAAUCAUUUCACUUACGGUCAGAUACAGUCUGUUGAGGGAAGAAGUGGGAUAGAAAGGGCAGGGGUAAACGAGCACUCGCUAACUUCAGUUUAGGGGUAUGGAAUCUUUCUCACAAAAUGCUUCCACUCACUCCCAGCUCCCUAAACUGCUCUCAAAUUCUACUUGCCUACGAAUGACAAAUGACUUUCACAAAGGGCAUAGGAAUCCCUUUUCUAAUGAAAGUAUCAGAAAUGUACUGGGGUAAAUCUCCCAAGAGGGGGGCUCUUUCUCUCUCUCUUUAAAGGGUGCUUUGGCCAUGGGCAGCUGACAACAAUUAAAGUGCCUCUUUGGGCAGUCUGUGCCCCACAAGAGAUGGAAUUCAAGGGGGAAAUUAUGAAAGAGGGUUCAAGUCAAUCAGUUGGGCCAAUUUUGUUACAACGAAAGGCAAGAGAAAGAGGGACUUGAAGCUAAACAAAUACAUUUGUGCCCCCAAGAAAGGAAAGUAGAGAACAGGAGGUAAACACAGGAGCUUCCUAAGAGAGAACUCCUCAGAGAGGCACUAUUCUCCACCUGGACUCUGUGAAUCUUCUGUGCACUCUAGGGCAGCAUCCCUAAACUAUUAGAAGAGAGUUGUGGGCAAGAAAGGAAAAUAAGGGGCAGUGUGGUGCAAUAGAAAUAACACUGGAAUUAGAGGUGGAGGACCAAGGUUCAAAACCUGGCCUUGCCAUUUACUACUUAUGUGACCAUGGGCAAGUCACUUGACCUCUGUGAGCCUCAGUUUUCUCAUCUAUAAAAUGAAGGGGUUAGACUAGAUGGCUUCUGAGGUCCCUUCCAGAUCUAUGAUCCUUUAAGUUACCCAAGGGGCAGAAUAUCAACAGGUAAAAGCUUGGAAUUCUCUCAUGGAGAGAACCAUUCUUAUUUUUCCACCUCUAACCAGAAAUGCUUCCCAAGAUUGUGGAAGGGUGAGAUGAAUUAGCAAUCAGAUGCUUCAGCAGCCUAGAUCCUCACUAAUUGUUGUAUAUGAUGCUACCAGAAAAUCCACGAAUCCUAGAUCAGUUUGGUCAAAGGAUAUUAUUUGGUUGGUCAGAUCCUUCCUGGGAAGAACAGUUAUUCAUCUAUCAGAAUCUAUCAAGCCACUAUUGAGCUGAUGAGUUCCUCCUUAAUACGUGAUUUCCACAUUCAAUCUAGGGUUCCUAAUUGAGGUAGCUGCUGCUUCAGCACCUGCUCUAGAGCUGAGGGUAGCCCUCUAUCCAAGCCCCAUUCUCUGGGUGAGCCAUUAGAAGGGCAGAAUCUGGCUCUGCACACUCCAUGAGUCCUGGUGGCUCAAAGAAGACACUGGUCCUCUUCUACUCAGGAGAUCAUCUGAUCUCCUGAGUAGAUCAAUUGGAGCUCCCUAUGACACUAGCAGUCACCAGGCUAUGGCCAAAAGACAUCCAUUGCAAAUAUCAGUCAGUUCUGGAAUUUGAACUUUAGACUCUGGGAAGAGCCCAUGUUGAUCUGGUUCAACAUGGCAGCAGUGGUCUAAAAGGAGGCUAAUGGGAUUGCUGAUCUAAAACCCUCCAGGAAAACAGAUAACCCUCUCUCAGGUUAUGGAUUUACUUUAUAAGAUAUUACUUUACCUGGAAAUGGCUAAUCUUCACAGGCCUGACCUAGGUGAUAGAGGAGGAUGACACCACCUCAAAAGUCUCCCACUUCAAAUUCCUGCUUGAAGUUAACAUUCUUAACUCCUACCACAGAAAAAAGUCAGAUCUGAAGCCUUUGGAAAUUUGUGAAUUUGUGGUAUUUUCUUUUUUCAUUCUCUUUUCUAGGAGCACUUCCUUCUGGACACUAAACAUAAAAGUCCAAUAUCUCUAUGGCCUCCUUUCCUGCUCCCUCUCCACCUCCACCCCCUGCCCCAGUAUUAUUGGCCCAGCUUAAUUGAUGUGUGUCCAAGAACCAGAAAACAAACAAAACAAAACAAAACUUGGUUUUUAAGAGUUUAAAAAAAAUCUGUUUGCAGAAAUUGUCAAAUGUACCAUAUUUGUAUUAAGAGUCUUUGGGAGUUUUUUUGUACGAUGAAUUUACAUUUAUUUAUGGUGAGUUAUUUACGCUAGUGAUAAAAUCAUGGUGUUAAAUUCUUACAUCAUAUUUGCUAUGCAGCCGAAGAAGAAAUUUUGCUUUGUAUUUUGGGGGGUGUUUGUGUUGAGUUGAUAGAUGUUUCCAUCUCCAUUAAAACUGCUUCUGAACUGGUAAAACCAGCA